AUGACAAUAAGUGGAUCAUUUUCAUCUUUUGGUACUACCAAUUCACUUAAUGUAAAAAAUAAUCAAAAUCAUUUUCUAUCAACAUCUCCAAAUUUAAAUGGUAAUUCAAUAUUAUCAAGCUCAUUUGGUGGAUCAUCAUCAUUCCAAAAUUCAAACUACCUUAUUGCUUCAGUAAACUCAACUGUGAUUACUGAAAGUUUUAAACUUCUUGAUAAUCCAUGGUAA